GUCGCUCGGUCUCGGCAGCGUUCAUCCAUUCCGUGCGGCACUCCCCGUACAGCUCCGUGCGUCCUCGCUGCGAAUCGCGGGGGCUCCGACCGGGGUGUUUCUCUCUCUCCCCCUCUCUCUCUCUCACACACACACGCUUCACGAGGAAGAAGCGGGACAGGCGGCGACGCGGAAUAACCUCCGGCGAGGCUCACGACACGCGGAUUCCGGAGAGGACAUGGAGUGACGGCGAGCGGGAGAAAGGGGCUUUCUCCGAGGACGGCGUGCUCCGCUGAAACCCAACAUGGCGCUGCUGCGAGGUACGGCCGAGCUGAAUUAAUUUCCCAGCGAGUCCUCCGACCUCGCCACCUGUAUCCUUCAGGGGGCCCGGGCCGCUCCGCGCAUUGGCUCCGCUGAAGGACCCCUUUUGUUAACGGAUCCUCUUUUGUUGGAUUUCUCUUCGGCGUUCGCGUUUCCUCCGCGCAGGAUCUUUUUUUGGUUGCUUUAUGGAAACCCAAGUGACAUUUGCAGCCGCAAAAAGUCCGCUUGAAACCCAGCGUCAUGGAUGAGAGUUGCCUGUAGACAAUAGAACAAGGACAGAGCGCUUUACAUUUACGACUUGUUUUGUUUCGUGACAAGUGGAUAACCUGUUAGACACUUUGAGUUGUUUUUCUCUCUUUGGCCGGGAUUGUCUGCAUCCAGCAGACAGGACCGUAAUCGGGCUCGUCUACGUACACGCACGGACCGCUGCCCUCCUGGUUAACUUGGCCAAAACAGGAAAAAGGCGUGAGUUGGCGGGCACGGACGACGGCUGGAACUACCACCAAUUAUCCAGGGCAACAUCUGUUCGUGAUGUCGAUGCUGAGACACAAACCAACCUGGAACUAAGACAAGGGAACCACAUCAGACAAAACAUGGUGGAUGCAAGGUUGACGCCUCUGGCGGCCAUGGGGCUGGACCGAGGAGCUCUAAUGCAUGAAGGCCUUCGUCUACAUGGUGGGGUUGUAUACCCAGGGAUCAGAGCACUACCGGAGAAGAGCAGAGAGUCACCAUCCCAUUCCCUCACUUAUAACAGGGAUGGCCUCCCAGAGCUCAUCUAUAAACCUGAUGGCUCUAUGGACAGUCGUAAGCCCGGUAAUGGAUACCUGGGCCUCUACAAGGGCACCCAUCCAAGUCUCCACAAGCCUGUGAUGGUUCCUGGAGCUGAAGGUCUAGGCUUGGAACGUAGGGUGGGGCAUGGAGACAAAGCAUCUGAGCUGUGCUUGGCAAGUGCUGGGGGCAGCUACCUUCGCCUGCCAUGGCUCAGCCCCUACCCCGAGGCAAGCAUGUAUCCCUUCAUGGACACAUCCAAGUAUGCAGCUCUAAAUAUGUACAAAGCCUCCCUGCUCAGCCAACCUAACCCCUAUCUUCCCCAGCACCUGGCCUACUCCUCUCUGUGUGCAGCUCAGGGGGGCAAUGUUAACCCUGCUGCAGCAGCGUCUGCUGCUGAGAGGCUCUACUAUAUGCCACACUAUCCUCCUUCUCCCCUUUCCUCUCCCAUGGUGGCGCCCCCUAUGAGGAUUCCUGCAGUUACAGUGGCCCCCACAUCACUGGUACACUGCCAAGAAAAGGGGCACGGAGUUCCACCUCCAUUUGCACAGCAACUUCAACAACCUUCCCCUCAUCCUCAGCACCAUCAGGCUGCUAUAGACAGGGACCGGUCCCCAAGCAGGAGCAGUAGACCAUGCAGACCUCCCUCUAGGAAGGGCUCAAGCAACAACAAUAACAGCAGUACUUCUAGCACUAGUGGUACCAAUAGUGGGAGUAGUAAUAGUCUGCCUACAGAUUCUUCUUCUCAUGCAUCUUCUCGCCUUCCUCAACCACCCCUCUCCCCUGCUCUCAUUGACAGUUCACAAGACAUACAAAGGCCAGUUGCUAGGAUAGGACAACCUCCCACCUCAUCCAGUUCUUCAGUAUCUUCCUCGUCCUCAUCCACGCAGUCCAUUCCUCAUCGCUUCUCUGUGAGCAGCAUGGCAUCAGAGCAGCCCUCUCCCAGCCCCCACAAACACAGGCCAAGAGAUGGGGUACCGGAGCAGAGAAGUGCUGGGGUUGAGAGGAGACCCAGUAGGUCGCCCUCUAAACCUAGUUUUGAGAGGCCAGCUCACCAACCCCAAGCAACCAAAGACUCUGCUGAGAAACCCUUAGAUUUGUCUGGAAGAAUCCUUGAGUUUGGACUGCCUCCCAAUGGAUUCCAAGUUAAGAUGGACACUAUAGCAUCAAACGCACGUUAUGGACUGCCCCCGAGCCGAGAGCUCCUAAAGGAAAACCUGUCCCUCUCUCCUUCCUCCCAUCCUCACCCUGUGGUCAACAGCACUUCUACAAAGGUCUCAGAGAGGCCAGAGAUGAUCAGCACUUUACACUCCUCCUGGGUUGUACCUAGCCCAUCUCCUUCCCAUGCACAGCACACACCAGGCCUGCCCCCCUCCCCAAGGCCUAACGCAGACCUGGGCCUUUCAAAAGCCAAAGGCUCCUCACCCUCUGUCAUCAAACACAAGGGUCUGGAGAGAGUACACCCUCAGCAGCGUAGCUCGUCCUGUCCAAGGACUGUGGAGUCUAACCAUAAUGUUUCCGCUACUCAGCACUCUGGCUCUUCUCUGGUGAAUUCCAGGUCUCUUUCUCCCAAGCCUACUGGUGAGUGGGUCAAGCAUAGCCCCAGCCAAUCAGAACAUCCAUCAGCUGGGAGCCACCACAGAGAGGGCACAGAGAAGUCCUCCCUGACCUCUAAGAGAGGUGAAACAACUGCAGAGGUGCCAUCAUACAAAAGGCCCUGUGUAGAAAAUGGUCAUCCCCCUAGCCACCUUUAUCUCCCUCAAAGUGACGCUUACCUGAGCCACAGUUUGGCUUAUGCCAAUCGAUACCUGCACUACCCCAUCCCUGAUGGCAUGGCACUGCACUCCUUACCAAUUACAGGGAAAGGUCCAGUCUACCAUCAUCCUGUAUUGCUUGGCAGCAACAGCCUUUACCCAACCCAUCUGGCAGCUAAACACCCUUUACCCUACCACAACCUUCCAGGUGGUCCAGGAGGGGAGUACCUGACUUACAACUCACAGGAGAUGGCCCAUCCCCUGAUGCAGACUCACACAGACAACAAGCUGCCAGAAAGGGGAGAUUCAAGUUUGAAGCCCCGUGUACAGGAGAAAUCCCGGGGGGCUGUUGAAGAAUGUGGGGGCCACAGAGAUCACAAUAUUGGAAAAGAGACCGGUGAAGGAGGCCAAAUAAAGCAUAGUAGGGAUUCAGGAGCACAAGGACAGUGUGGAGGCCAAAGCAGAGCUCACUCUUCAACAUCUAAAGAAAAUAUUGUAUGCAUUGACCUUGUACACUCCGACACAGAUAUCGAGUCUACCCCAACAAUCCACAAACAGCCUUUUGGCGAGACCAGCACCAAGGUUAACCAAAAUGAAUGUUGUCAUAGUCACCAAAAUCUGACAAAGAUGGACUAUGAGCCAAAACAACAACACCACCUUUCGCAUACUUAUCAAGUCCACUCUGGACAGAGCCCCACCCUGAAGCCUAGUCACACUGAUAGACAGCCAGAACCUCCCUUUGGGAGAAGAAAACUUAUUCAGGACACAGACUAUCCUGGGAUGACAUCUAGCACAUCCCCAACUACUCCAGGGCAGAUUGCCCGAGCUGAGGAGAGCCUAGAGGAAAGAAGUCCCAGCCCAGACCCUGGAGACGAAGACCAGAGCACCUUGCGCUGUGCACGCACAUCUGGGGAGCGCAGCUCUGGUAAAGGCAAAGGGGGCAGGGACAGCCAAGCUCUCUACAUCACUCAGCACUGCACAGAUGGGGUGAAGGAGUCAGACCAUGAGGAAGUGUGCGAGAGGGAUACUGAUAGAGAGGACAGUAUUGUUGACCUCGGAGAGUCUCAAGGAGAAGGGGAUGAGGACGACGAUGAUGGUAGCCAGACAUCAUCCAAAGGCUGUCGUAGAUCCAGUCUGGCCAAGAGGAUCGCAAACUCCUCAGGCUAUGUUGGCGACCGCUUUAAAUGUGUCACCACUGAGCUGUAUGCUGACUCCAGCAAGCUGAGCCGUGAACAGAGAGCUCUGCAGAUGGAAGUCAUAUCACGAGAGGGGAGUAAUAUAAGUCAACCUGCAGCUAACUGGGAGCGGGCUAUGAUGCGGUUCUCGGAGCUGGAGCUGAAGGAGAAGGAGGGCGGCGGUGUGUGUGUGUCUGCCUCAGCAGCAGGACGGGAGCUGGCAGACGGCCAGCGCAGAGAGCGAGCACUGGAAUACUGCCAACACACCACCAGGCAGGGAGAGAGGGAGGGUGUCCCGCCGGCCUACACUAAUAACAGAGUUCCAGUCCUGCAGAGGUGUGGGGGCCACAGGGAGCCUUUGUCCCUGGGGCAGGGGGCAGGCGGGCUAAAGGACGGAACCAAGAAGUUUGUGAGAGAGCAUGAAGGAGGCCACUGCUUGCCCCCCACUUUGACACCAGUGAAAGGCUACGCGGAGGAGAGAGCCAGCCCUGGUUUCGGACCCACCAGGAAACGUCCACUCUUCAUCAAAACCGAACAGGACGACACGGAGAGGGAUGAAGGAGAGAGGCUGUUCCACACAGAGAAAAGACCCAGAAUCUGUACGGAUGAGCGUGAGCAGGCCAGUCCCGAUGAGGAGGAGGAGGACGACGACGAGGUGCGGAAGCUCAAGGUCUGCAUUGAGUUGAAGGGACUGCGGCUCAGCAAGCCAGCCACAGGAGCAGCUUCACCUGAAAUCAAACAGGAAAGGCCGUGGCUCCAGCCCCGAUUAGUAGCCCAGGUGCAGAGCCCGCGGGAGCGCAAGAUCAGGGCCGGCGAGCCGGAGGAGAGAGCUGCGGCGCAGAGAGCUGAGAUCAACAGGAAAUGGGGAUGCGAGAAGCAGCUUAAUGGAGUCUCUGCUCCUCCCCUUCCCCCCAGCCAGCUGAAGGACAGAGCGUACCCGCCGGACCCCUUCUCAGGUGACCGUGGCCUCAAGGAGCCCAGGAGGGGCCCCCCUUCCCCGGCCCCAGAGCUGUCCGUGGGAGGCACCCCUCCCCUCAAGCCUCGUCGCCAUAGUGACACGGACAAACCCAAGGGCAAGCGGCCCUGCAAAACCAAACACACCAGCCAGAGGGAGCGGGAGAAGAGGAAAGACGCCACUCCCAUCAGCCCGGGCCAGCAGUGUGUCGCCGAUCUGGGAGCAGCUGAAGAGGACAAGCUGAGUGAGCAGCGCUGCGCUCCGAGGAAGAGAGCCGCCUCCCCUAAUCAUUAUCCCUGCUCUCCAGUCAAGCCCUGCUCCCCCGCUGCGCUCUGCCCGCCCUCCCUGCAGCCCCAGGUGAACGGCAGAGCGGCCAGUGUCCCACCAGAGGCGGCACAGGGGUUGCACCGGACGCCCCCUGCUGAGCCCCCCGCAGUGCGUCCAAUCCCGCCAGAGGCUCGUCGGCUGAUUGUGAACAAAAACGCCGGGGAGACUCUGCUCCAGAGAGCAGCUCGGCUCGGCUACGAGGAGGUGGUGCUGUACUGUCUGGAGAACAGAGUAUGUGAGGUGAAUCACAGAGACUACGCCGGGUACUGUGCUCUCCAUGAGGCGUGCGCCCGUGGCUGGCUCAACAUAGUGCAGCACCUGCUGGAUUACGGGGCCGACAUCAACUGUAGUGCACAGGAUGGCACCAGACCGAUUCACGACGCCGUGGAGAACGACCACCUGGACGUAGUCCGGGUCCUGCUGUCCUAUGGCGCUGACCCAACUCUGGCCACAUACUCCGGCCGUGGCCUCCUCAAGAUGACCCACAGCGACAGCAUGGAGCACUUCCUCACUGAUUAUUUUGCUGACCUUCAGGGCCGCCUAGAUGACGACCCAGGGCUUUACUGGGAAUUCUAUGGCAGCGCUGUGUGUGAGUCUAGCGAAGAAGGCGGCAUUUAUGACAUCCUGGCAGACCCACCAGGCCCAGAGGACGAGGACGAAGAUGACAAAAGGGAGCUGUUUGAAUUUGAGUUCUCUGACCGACCUCUGCUGCCGUGCUACAACAUCCAGGUUUCCCUCUCCCAAGGGCCAAGAAACUGGCUGCUACUGUCAGACGUGCUCCGCCGGCUGCGGAUGUCAGGCCGUGGUUUCAGACAAGCCUUCCCACACAUGGAGGUGGUGACGGUGGCCGAGGCGGAGUUUUACCAGCAAGCGUCACUGUCGCAGCUCUUCUCUUGCCCAGAGGAGCUGGAGAGCUUCCAUCCAGACAGCAAGGAGCUGCUGGACCUGGUGGAGGACAGUGCAGAGCUCGCCGCCCUGCUGGGCUCCACGCUGGAGUGUCUGGACGACCGCUGGGACCACCCAGGGGACAGACUGAAGGACAAAAUCAAGGCUGUUGGCAAGCUGGGCUCAUCCUGACCCCUGGUGCCACAAAAACCAGGACCUUGAUGCUUACUGACUGUAGUUUGCUUUAAACACCAACCAGGGGUUAUGAUGACAUGCCUUAGCCUGACCCUUAGCUCCCACGCUUCAGCCCUGCUCUGGACCAGCACUGGUGCACUGUACAGAUGGAUUGAUCUGCUGGCUGACCGGGCUGCUCAGAUAUUUCCCUCCAUUAACUGAGGAUCAAUAAAUUUGUGGCUAAGUAGACUUAAUAAUGGUCUUAUUUUUAUAAAUUAAUAUAUAUAUAAGUGAAUAAUUAUACAUGUGUAUAUAUAUAUAUAUAUAUAUAUCACUAUAUAGAUAUAUGUGUAUAUAUAUGUCUAUAUAUAUAUAUAUAGACAUAUAUAUUUAAAUAGCGAGAUUCUUUUCUUUUGGAUGUUGCACACGACUUCUCUGAAAGAUUUUGUACGUCAACAGAGUAGUCGUGUGUGUGUGGGCGAGCAGCACAUUGUCCAUGUGUGUAGCUGUACAGGAUAGUACUGAGACUGUGCUAUUGAAUGUGGUAUUUGUGUUUAUAGGAAGCACAUGAUGUCCUGUUUUUUCCCCCUCCUCAGACUUUAGCGCUCACUCGAGCCUCAGGGGCUGUUCUGUUGUAAUCUUUUUCUUUUUUUUUAAAGCUCAGAUUUUGCUUCCUGUUCCGUCUGUAAUUUAACAUGCAAAACUACAAAAUCGUUUGUAUAAUAAAGUUUUAAGAUAAUGUUGAUAUUCACCCUUCGGCACAGAGCUUGUAUAUAACAGGGAGGCUACUGCAGUAAAGUAAUUUUUGGUGUGUUCAUUUUUGUUUUAAUUUUGUAAUUAAAAUAUCUCAUAAUUUGUAUUUAUAUUUUACAAAAGAAGUUGCUUUAAAAUAAAUAUACAAACUGCAAGAUGAA